AUGAAGCGGACAAUGAGUCGCGAAUGGAUCCUGGGCCUGGCGUUGACCACCGCCAUGGUGCCAAUUGUAUCUGCAGAUUUGACGACGACUAUCAGCUCCACCACUAAUUGGGGCACCUGGGAAGGUUUCGGCGUGUCUCUUGCAUGGUGGGCCAAGGCGUUUGGCACCCGGACUGACUUGGCUGACAUUUUCUUCUCGACUAAGUCGACAACUUACAAUGGGCAAAGCAUUCCUGGCCUGGGACUCACCAUUGCACGGUAUAACGCUGGCGCUUGCAGCUGGAACACCGUCAACGGCUCUGCGAUGGUCGUGUCGCCCGACAUCAUCGCGUCACGACAAAUGGAUAGCUACUGGAUAGACUGGUCCAGCACCUCUCCGUCGUCGUCGAGCUGGAGCUGGAGCGUCGACGCAAAUCAGCGUAACAUGCUGUCUCUGGCGAAAGCUCGCGGCGCAAACAUCUUUGAACUCUUCUCCAACUCCCCACCGUGGUGGAUGUGUCUCAACCACAACCCUUCUGGAUCAAAUGAUGGCUCCAGCAAUAAUUUACAAUCCUGGAAUUACGACCAACAUGCUGUGUAUCUCGCCACCAUUGCCGAAUACGCCGCGCAAAACUGGGGCAUUUCCUUUCAGUCUGUUGAAGCUUUCAACGAGCCGUCCUCGGAUUGGUGGAAUGGUGAAACAGGAACACAAGAAGGCUGCCAUUUCAACUCCAGCACCCAGGCGACCGUGAUUGGGUAUCUACGCUCUGAAUUGAACAGCCGGGGUCUCAGCUCGACUCUGGUGUCCGCCUCGGACGAAAACACCUAUGACUUGGCUGUUUCCACGUGGAACAGCCUCGGGAGUACGGCGACGAGCAACGUCGGCCGCAUCAACGUCCACGGAUAUCAAUAUACUGGGGGCCGACGGGAUACGCUUUACAGCCUGGCAUCUGGCGCUGGAAAGCGGCUCUGGAACAGCGAGUACGGUGAGAGUGAUGCGACGGGUGAGGAGCUCGUCACCAAUCUGAUGCUUGACUUUCGUUGGCUCCACCCUACGGCCUGGGUGUAUUGGCAGGCCAUCGAUGGCUCUGGCUGGGGAUUGAUUGAUGGUGACAAUGAUAAUGUUUCUCUCGGAGCUGUCAGCCAGAAGUACUUUGCCCUAUCACAGUUCACUCGCCACAUUCGACCUGGAAUGCGCAUCCUAGACGGCGGGAGCAACUACACUGUCGCAGCAUACGACUCCACAGCCCAUAAGCUGGUCAUCGUUGCAGCAAACUGGGGUACUGCCCAAUAUCUCAACUUUGACCUCUCCAAAUUUAGCACUCCGGGGGUCAGCGGCGCCUUGGUUCCGCGCUGGAUCACCCAAACUGGAUCUGGAGAUCAAUACGUGAGUUACAACGAUACAUAUAUCAGCGGUACCAAGUUUUGGUCGUACUUUCCAACUGGGGCGGUACAGUCGUUCGAGGUGUCGAAUGUCGUGUUGUAA